AUGGAGCUUCGUGGGGAUGUCAUCUGUGCUGCGUUGAAGUUUUUCAUGCUCGAUGCUAUUCGCUCCACGAUCCAGACUCCUUCCCUCCCCCGCCGCCACCCACCUCCACCACCCACCCCUCUCCUCGCCGCCACCCACCUCCGCCACACCUCCCCUCCCCACCUCAGAUCCUCUCCCCACUCCCAGAUCCAACUUGCCACCGUAGAACGAGGAGAUCGCGGCCAAGAUCUUCGGGACGCGCUGGUCGUCGUCGCCAACCGCUCCUCCGCCGACCCGCACAAGUUCCCUGGUGCUAAGGUACCUCGAGGAGUUCGUGCAGCGGUUCGACCUCCUCGGGUUGGUCCGGUUCGGGACGGAGGUGGUGAGCGUCCGCCGCAGCAGGGACGACGACGCGGGCUGGAGGGUGAGGCUCGCCUGCGCUGGCAGCGAGCUAGAGGAGGAGGUUUGACGCCGUGGUCGUCUGCAGUGGGCACUUCGCCGAGCCGUGCGUGGCCGCCAUCGCAGGUUAGUGAGCAGCAUCAGGAGGAGGAGCUCAAACAGGCCACCACGAUGCACCACCGCAGCAGCAGGACGAUGGUAUUGCGGCACAUGGCACCGGAGCUGAGCCUGGGCAUGAGGAGCAACGGCUACGUGCGGGUCCUCGACCUGCUCGGCCUCAACCUGCAGACCUUCGCCAAGGUUCCCCUCAAGUCCCACAUGGUGGAUGAAAUCAGGGAGGAGUUUACUUUGGAUGACAAAUGUUUGUAGAUCAUCCACCUCCUCAACGAUGCUAACCCGAUCCGAUCAUCGUCGACACUAUCAUCAUCAGGAUCUAAUGUUGUUUAGGCUGCUGCUGUUGUGACGGAAGAGCAGAAGAGGCAUGGCGAUGUGCAGCACAAUUUUAGUUGAUGUUGCACCAUGUUUUGGUGCUUGUGUAUUUGUUUUUGCUUGUAACCACACUUGUAUGUGCUUGUCUAUCUGUUUUUGCUUGUUUUAGUUGAUGUUGGACGUGCGGACUUGUAUGUGCUGUUGUGUGUAUUUGGUGGAAUGAUUUCUGAAUUUAAUCAUUUAAUCAAGAGAAUUAUUGAGUGUUU